AGUGUGCGAGGCGAAAUCUGCCUAGCAACCGGGGAAGCCGGGCUGUGAAGCGGGCAAUUUCAGUGUGAGACUGAGCCGCGAGACUGAGCUGCGGCUCCGAGCGCUGCGCGGCGGCUCCUCCCGCCCAGGGUCAGCGCCCCGGCGCGCGCACGCGCACCCCCGCCGCCCGAGCGCGCCCCGCGCCGCCCGCGCAGUCGGUCGGUCUGUCGUCUGUCCUGUCGCCGCUGCCGCCGCCGCCACAGCGGCCGCCGCGGGCGCCACCUGAGGGAGUCGCCUCCGCGGGACGCCACAAGACCUGACCGGACUGCGCCGCCCGAGGCCGUCGGCCGCUGUCGGCGAGGGCGCCGAGCAACUUCGAUGGAGUCUUAUUCUGUCGCCAGGCUGGAGUGCAGUGGUGUGAUCUCGGCUCACUGCAGCCUCCGCCUCCCAGGUUCAAGCGAUUCUCCUGCCUCAGCCUGCUGAGUAGCUGCGACUACAGGCGUGCGUCACCACACCCAGCUAAUUUUUGUAUUUUUAAUAGGGACAUUUUUAGUAUUUUUAGGGUUUUACCAUGUUGGCCAGGAUGGACUCGAUCUCCUGACCUCAUGAUCCACCUGCCUCAGCCUCUCGAAGUGCUGGGACUACAGGUGUGAGCCACCGUACCCAGCCUCGAAGGUUGGUCAGCACAUUGUCUCAAGUAGCCUUUUGAUGUCACUGUGGCCAUGGCCAACUGGUAGGACCAGCACCCCAUACCCCGAAGCCAGUUCAGAAUGACCGAAGAAGCAUGCCGAACACGGAGUCAGAAACGAGCGCUUGAACGGGACCCAACAGAGGACGAUGUGGAGAGCAAGAAAAUAAAAAUGGAGAGAGGAUUGUUGGCUUCAGAUUUAAACACUGAUGGAGACAUGAGGGUGACACCUGAGCCGGGAGCAGGUCCAACCCAAGGAUUGCUGAGGGCAACAGAGGCCACGGCCGUGGCCAUGGGCAGAGGCGAAGGGCUGGUGGGCGAUGGGCCCGUGGACAUGCGCACCUCACACAGUGACAUGAAGUCCGAGAGGAGACCCCCCUCACCUGACGUGAUUGUGCUCUCCGACAACGAGCAGCCUUCGAGCCCGAGAGUGAAUGGGCUGACCACGGUGGCCUUGAAGGAGACUAGCACCGAGGCCCUCAUGAAAAGCAGUCCUGAAGAACGAGAAAGGAUGAUCAAGCAGCUGAAGGAAGAAUUGAGGUUAGAAGAAGCAAAACUCGUUUUGUUGAAAAAGUUGCGGCAGAGUCAAAUACAAAAGGAAGCCACCGCCCAGAAGCCCACAGGUUCUGUUGGGAGCACCGUGACCACCCCUCCCCCGCUUGUUCGGGGCACCCAGAACAUUCCUGCUGGCAAGCCAUCACUCCAGACCUCUUCAGCUCGGAUGCCCGGCAGUGUCAUACCCCCGCCCCUGGUCCGAGGUGGGCAGCAGGCGUCCUCGAAGCUGGGGCCACAGGCGAGCUCGCAGGUCGUCAUGCCCCCACUCGUCAGGGGGGCUCAGCAAAUCCACAGCAUUAGGCAACAUUCCAGCACAGGGCCACCGCCUCUCCUCCUGGCCCCCCGGGCGUCGGUGCCCAGUGUGCAGAUUCAGGGACAGAGGAUCAUCCAGCAGGGCCUCAUCCGCGUCGCCAAUGUUCCCAACACCAGCCUGCUCGUCAACAUCCCACAGCCCACCCCAGCAUCACUGAAGGGGACAACAGCCACCUCCGCUCAGGCCAACUCCACCCCCACUAGUGUGGCCUCUGUGGUCACCUCUGCUGAGUCUCCAGCAAGCCGACAGGCGGCCGCCAAGCUGGCGCUGCGCAAACAGCUGGAGAAGACGCUACUCGAGAUCCCCCCACCCAAGCCCCCAGCCCCAGAGAUGAACUUCCUGCCCAGCGCCGCCAACAACGAGUUCAUCUACCUGGUCGGCCUGGAGGAGGUGGUGCAGAACCUACUGGAGACACAAGCAGGCAGGAUGUCAGCCGCCACUGUGCUGUCCCGGGAGCCCUACAUGUGUGCACAGUGCAAGACGGACUUCACCUGCCGCUGGCGGGAGGAGAAGAGCGGCGCCAUCAUGUGUGAGAACUGCAUGACAACCAACCAGAAGAAGGCGCUCAAGGUGGAGCACACCAGCCGGCUGAAGGCCGCCUUUGUGAAGGCGCUGCAGCAGGAACAGGAGAUUGAGCAGCGGCUCCUGCAGCAGGGCACGGCCCCUGCACAGGCCAAGGCCGAGCCCACCGCCGCCCCACACCCCGCGCUGAAGCAGGUCAUAAAACCCCGGCGUAAGUUGGCGUUCCGCUCAGGAGAGGCCCGCGACUGGAGUAACGGGGCUGUGCUACAGGCCUCCAGCCAGCUGUCCCGGGGUUCGGCCACGACGCCCCGAGGUGUCCUGCACACGUUCAGUCCGUCACCCAAACUGCAGAACUCAGCCUCGGCCACAGCCCUGGUCAGCAGGACCGGCAGACAUUCUGAGAGAACCGUGAGCGCCGGCAAGGGCAGCGCCACCUCCAACUGGAAGAAGACGCCCCUCAGCACAGGCGGGACCCUUGCGUUUGUCAGCCCAAGCCUGGCGGUGCACAAGAGCUCCUCGGCCGUGGACCGCCAGCGAGAAUACCUCCUGGACAUGAUCCCACCCCGCUCCAUCCCCCAGUCAGCCACGUGGAAAUAGUGCGAGCCAGGCCCCGUGGAAGACGGGCUCCCUCCUCCCCCACCUGGCCCCUGGUCUAGAAGGACCCACUGCACCACCCUCCGCUGGCUCGGGAAGACACCGUGCCCGCCCCAAGAGCAAGCACCGGCCAUGCUGCAGAGGCAAGACCUCAAUUCUUGGCUGCAAAGUUUCAUCAGGGCUAGAGGGCUGGUGCCGCCUCAUAGGCAGACGAGGAUCAUCGCUGGGGGACCUUUCCCGUGGGCUUUCUUCCUUUCUCUCUUUGCCUUUAGUUUGCCCGACACCAGCAGAAAAGUGGACCUUGGGGGCUGGUUCUGCUCCUGGCCCCCUUGUUCGGCCCCUGCCGGCACACGGGCGGCUCACCCUGGACACUGUGACGCGCAUGGGCAAGGCCAGCGCCCGGGGCUUCUGAACCGAGCGGGGCGUUUCAUUUUUUUGCUUUUCCCUGUCUUAGGCUCCCAAUCUUUGACUACCUUCCCAUGGCGAUCUAUAAGUUGAAAGAUUUUUUUUUUUUUUAAUCACCUCAUGAUGAUGGAGUUAAAAGUAAACCGUGCAGAGACCCUGGGGUCCCUGUUGUACGCUGCAUCGUCCCGCUGGCCCUGUGCCCUGGAGGGUGGGCGGCUCGUGGUGCCACAGCCCCUGGCAGGGACGGCCGGCCCGCCCCCGUGACUGACUGACAGAUGCAGGGAUGGCCGAGGCAGCCCUCGCUCCAGCCGAACGCCUCCAUUGCUGCUUGUUCUGGAGACCCCCGCCCCCGGACCUUCCAGACUUAGCAGAAGAACAAACUGAAGAACAGACCCAGCCAGAGAAGCAGGGAUUCCAGAAGCUGCCCAUGAAGGGAGAAGGAGAGGAUCCGGUCGGCAGCAGCCCUGAGCAGGAAGCUGGAGGGGGGACUGUCGCGGGGUUUUUCUGUUGUGGUUUAUUUUAUUAAAUUUUUUCCUUUUUUCUAUUCAUUUCGAUGGACGCAAUCUUACGCCACCCUGGCCUUGCUCCUGGGAGGUGAGCGUGCACAGGUGUGUGCAGGUCAGGAGGUGCCGUCCAGGUGUGCGGCGAGCCGCUGCGCACAGAUGUCAGGAUUUCCGUUUGGGUCUAGUUUAGAACCUGUCCUUAAACCUAGGGGUUGCUGUCAGGAUUUGCUUUCAGACUUUUUUUUUUGUAAUUCCCUUUAGAGUCUACAAAAAUGUUUUUAAAAGGAUCAGGUCUGCUUUUAGUUUCAUUUUUGUUUCUUUCCCGUCCCACUCUUUAAAAACUGGUUCCGUGAGGAAAGGCAGAAGCCAUUCCGUGUCUCUUGCAGGCUGGGCCAGCUUCAUGCCAGUGCGAGGGCGUCCCGUGCCCACGUACAUACGUAUGUCUCCAUGAGUUCUGGGCUCCACCGGUUCCAAUUGAGCUCCAGCCCUGGUUUUCCUACCCAUGCAGUUAGGGACUUUAAUUUAAAUUUUUUUUUGUAGGGCCACCGCCUUCAAACACAACUGCUACAACAUUCUAAUAAAGGCUCAUUUAACCCCCAGGCUCCUGUCGUGUGAAUAUCCUCAGUCUGUAGGAAACUUUUUUUGACACACCAUAGAAGACCUAGUUUUGGAAAACAUUAUCUAAUUUUUUGUUGUGCAAAUCCCCAAAUUUCUCACUAAUUUUUGUUUUUUUGUGCAUAACUUUGGAUGGGCUGAAGGAGGUGAGGACAGAUUGGGGAAGGGUGGCUUUCAUUCCAAGAUCCAGGGAUUUGGGGAAAAGGAAGGAAUUUGAUGUUUUUUGGGGUGGGAGGGGAGGGUGUGUUUUUUACACCAAAAAAAAAAAAAAAAAAUCAAGAGUAUGCAAGCAUUUCUAUUCCUCGCAUUUUUCUGUGUGCCUGGCAAAUAAAUACCUGUCUCCUACGA